AUGUCGUCAUCAUCGUCAUCGACUUCAAUGCGCCGUUAUCAUUCAACCAACGACGAACGGGACAUCGAUUAUUCGGCUGGCGUGCAGGGCAGUGAACGGCAAUGUAAGACACAGCCGUGUCGAACGAUAUCAAACCGAUUACAGCAACCACAUGUGCUUGGUGACAUAAACGACACUACAUAUCACGGCAGUACGGCGCCAUGCGAAGCUUUGGCUGAAGAAGAAUUAACUGAUCGAUUGAAAGAGAUAAUCAACGAAUUCAUGACGCGACCUGAUCGCCGAUAUUUGUAUGAUACGACACUGCGUUGGACAGUCGAUCAUGGCAAUGAAAGCAAUUAUAGUGUGGUUGUCUACAUUAAUCAACCAGCAAAUCUAUUCUGA